AUGACGCAUUCACCGACUUCGUCAUCUUCACCAGAAGACGCUGCCGAGAACACCGCCGAUGAAGAGGAUUCCGAGGACUACUGCAAGGGAGGGUACCACCCAGUGACGAUUGGGGAGAAGUUCAAGGAUGGAAAGUACACAGUCGUGCGGAAGCUUGGAUGGGGCCACUUCUCAACAGUCUGGCUCUCUCGAGACAACACAACGGGGAAGCAUGUGGCUCUCAAGGUCGUACGGUCGGCCGCUCACUACACGGAAACCGCCAUCGACGAGAUCAAGCUUCUCAACAAGAUUGUCCAAGCGAACCCAAAUCACCCCGGCCGCAAGCACGUCGUUAGCCUGUUGGAUUCGUUCGAGCACAAGGGCCCGAAUGGCACCCAUGUGUGCAUGGUGUUUGAGGUGUUGGGGGAGAACUUGUUGGGACUGAUCAAGAAGUGGAAUCACAGGGGCAUCCCCAUGCCGCUCGUGAAGCAGAUCACGAAACAGGUGCUCUUGGGGCUGGACUACCUGCAUCGGGAAUGCGGUAUCAUCCACACAGAUCUCAAGCCGGAAAACGUUCUGAUCGAGAUUGGCGACGUCGAGCAGAUUGUGAAACGAGUGGUGAAGAGCGAACCCAAUGACAAGGAAAACAACAGGAACGGCCGCAGGAGGCGGAGGACUCUCAUCACGGGCAGCCAGCCUCUGCCGUCACCCCUGAACGCAAGCUUCAACCCCAACUCGCUCUUCCCGUCCCCUGGCCCACACAGCCUCGGUCAGAUGCUGCACGAAGGAUCCAAAUCAAAAGAGCCUUCACCCAAACGAGAAACAGACAACCCCGAGGAGGCACAAAAGCAGCGGGAGAAGACUGCCGAUAUCCUGACUAGGGAGGUGUCGGGCAUCUCGCUGGACAAGACGGCCACGCCCCUCUCGACGACGGGCGAGAAGCGCAAGGCCGACGAUAUGCAGGCAUGCGAUAUCAUCAGCGUCAAAAUCGCCGAUCUCGGGAAUGCGUGUUGGGUCAACCACCACUUCACCAACGACAUCCAAACACGCCAAUACCGCUCCCCGGAGGUGAUCCUCGGUGCCAAGUGGGGGGCGAGUACCGACGUAUGGAGCAUGGCUGCUAUGGUCUUCGAGCUCAUCACAGGCGACUACCUUUUCGACCCGCAGUCGGGCACUAAGUACGGCAAGGACGACGACCACAUCGCCCAGAUCAUCGAGCUCCUGGGGCCCUUCCCCAAGUCGCUAUGCCUUUCGGGAAAGUGGUCGCAGGAGAUCUUUAACCGCAAAGGCGAGCUGCGCAACAUCCACCGGCUACGCCACUGGGCCCUGCCCGACGUCUUGAGGGAGAAAUACCACUUUAAGGAGGACGAGGCCAAGCGCAUUUCGGAUUUCUUGACGCCCAUGCUCGAGCUGGUGCCCGAGAAGCGCGCCAAUGCGGGAGGCAUGGCGAGCCACUCGUGGCUGGACGACACCCCCGGCAUGCAGGGCAUCAAGAUUGACAAGGUUGAAGUCGGCAGCCGUGGGGAGGGUAUAGAGGGAUGGGCAAGCGAGGUCAGGAAGCGGUAG